UGAUAGAUUUUAUUCUAUCUUAAGAGAAAAUAAAAAAAAAUAUUCAGCUCUAUAAAUAAAUAUAUACAUAGUUUGGAGAUGUGUUUAUCCUAUAAGAUUCACUCCACUCAUAAAUUUCUAUAUUAGUAUAACUUAAGUAAAGUUAGUCUAACCCUGGAUAAUCUGACUCUUCAGUUUUCACAGGCAAACCCCAAAAGGCAACAGACACUACUAUAUACUCAAUCUUUAUAAAUUUUGGAAAAUAUUUUCUAACACACACCAAAAGGCUAUAUCACUAAACCGACUAAAACGUUUUCAUUCAAUUUCUAUUUGCUGGCUCACUUAUAAUAACAACUGGACGAAUCUAGUGGGAAUUAAGAUGGAGACAUAUUGUGACUGUUCACUAGAGACAGAAUAAAAAAAAUUGUGUGCAUCUGGUUCAGGUAUUAACUAUGAACUAACUUUAAGCAUAAUUACUUAGAUAUUAACUUAACUGGAUCGGCAUCAGUAAGACGAGAUAAGAGCAUUCCAAACGAGUAGUAAGCAGUACUCCUUUCGUUAUAAAUAUGUUCUAGAUGUUGGAAUAAACUUGAAGUAACCUGAAGUGCAAGUUAUGGUUAGUUAAGAAUGUUUUAGAGUUAUCUAAACAUUUGAUGUCUAAUGUGUUUAAGAAUUAUAUUUUAUAUAUAAGGAAAUGCAAGGUUGUUGUAAAUUAUAACUUGUGAAUUUUGUAAGUUUUAGUUUUGAGUAAUUUUGUAAAGCAAUACAAGUUGAGUGUGAGCAUUUGAUUCAAUAAUUGGUAUUAGAACCAGAUUUCGAUCCUGGUACCUGAGAUACUACAAGUUGGAAAUCUUGAAACCGUAAAAGAAAUAUGAGAAACAAUAAAAACUAUUUAACCCAUUACAAAAUAUAGAACAAAAUACUAUUGACUAUAAAAAAAUUUAAUACAGUUAAAAGUUACAUAGAAAAAUGAAAGUAUUUUAUAUAUUGAAACAUCAAAAAUUUCUCAAAACAAAAAAAAAACUUCCUAAAAUAUCAUAUAUUAAAAAAUAAAAAGAGUAUUAACUAUACUUUCACACGUUUAGCUAGAAAAUAGAAAGAAUAAAGUUCGAAGAAAAAAUAGGAAGAAAAACAAAAUAAUAGUAAGAGGUUAUGUAAAAAAUAUAGUUCAGACUGGAAAGCUUUUAUUAUAAACUCAAAAAUAGAAGCAUAAGCAUUACUUUGGAAAAUAAAACUUACAAAGUAUCUGAAAACUACGUUUGCAUCUUUGACUCGUCUUUGCCACUACACAUUUUACGAUGAUUUGAUUUAUUUUUUUGUUAUCUGCAAACUGUCACUAUUAUGGGUAUAAUACAAAUUGUUAGAUUUUUUAGUUUAUGCUCACCUCUUUAGGUCAUCCACAUUGGUUAGAAAUCCUUGCGAUUUUUCAAAUUUUUGUGUUAACAUUUAAAAUAUUGGUCAUUCAUAUAGUAUGAAGGAAGUCUCUCUCUUUUAAUUGUCCGUUUUAGACUAUUUUCCAAAAAGUUAUAUAAUUGGAUAUUAUGUAUACUAAACAAUCUUCUUCUAAGCUAUAUUAUAUUGAUAAAAAAGCUAUAUUAUAUAUACUAAACAAUAUUAUGUAUUAAUUUCUAACAACAACCUUGUUGUCAUUGGUAUCCAAAUACCAUGAGAUCGUUCUAUGUAAGUUCAAAUUUUUAUCCGAGAGAAAUGUUUUAGAAGCGAGCUAAGGCAAACAAGAAGGCAAACAAUAUCUGAUGUAAUUUUAAGGGACUAGCUAGUCAGAAAAACGGCAUACAAUAUGUUAUUGCUAUUAUCACCGACAAAAAAAUAAACAAUUGGCCAUAAAUAAAUUAAAAAGAGUUAAGGCGACGAUUGGAAAAAGAACAGCAGCAGAUGACCCUUUGUACCGAGGACUUAUGUUUGACUAUAAAAGAGACCGAAAACUAGACAGAAUCCUACAUACAUACAUACAUAUAUAAAAGAAAAACGUUUCUCCAGCGGAACCAUAUCCGUUGUUCAAAUUCCAAGAAAGAGAAAUAAACACAAAUGGAAGCACAUAACGUAGAGCGUUUGACAACCCCUGAAAUGAAAAACCGGGAAAAUAUAGAGUUACUCUACAGAGCUUUGCAGCAAGGUGACGCAUCGACGGUGGCCAAAUUGGUGGCCAGUGACGUGGAAUGGUGGUUCCAUGGACCGCACAAUUGUCAACACAUGAUGAGACUACUAACAGGGGAACCACCGAGCCAGGUUUCGUUCAGGUUCGAGCCAAGCAGUGUACAAGUAGUGGUGCCUGGUCAUGGCUGCGUCAUAGCAGAAGGAUGGGAGGGUUCACAAGUGUACUGGGUCCACGUUUGGAAGUUGAAAGACGGAGUGGUCACUGAGCUAAGGGAGUAUUUCAACACAUGGAUCACUGUCACGGAUUACAGUCGUGGGGCAAUAGGAUGGGACAUGGGGGGUUGCACGGUUUGGGAGAGCGUACCGAGGGAUCUACCUCGUGGUUCGUUACCUAGCUUGCUGUUGGCUAUUUAACUGUGUAGACUAAAGUAAAACACAGUUGUAUCUGGUGGUUUACUCUUUACCUAGUAAAUUAAAAAAAAGCCUUAUGAAUUUAUGAUGUUAUAAACAGUAGUGUGUUUAUGAAGCGACUAGCUAGCAACCAAAAAUAGUUAUUGUAUAUAUGUGUAGGGUUCUUUCUUGUCCUUCUUAUAAAAUUUGGUCUAUUAUUUUUAAGGUUUACCACACUCCACACAUCAU